AUGACAGCGCUGGAGAUCCAUCCUGAUGACGACAUGGAGCAGGAACCGGAGCACGUUGAUCUUCAGCUGGACCAUGGCAGGUUCACAGAGAGUCACACCGUCUCCACGCUGCUGGUUCAUCAUCUGGCUUUCAGACACGGACAGGAAGUCAGACACACACGGGACGUCCUGGACUCCACAGAAGUCCCAGCAGAGCACAUGGACCCGGCUGCCAUCGACCUCACCGCCCUGGUCAACACUCUGAUCAAUUCAAGUCAAUCGGGCUCCCGGCAGCUCUUCUCCCUCCUCAGCGUGACGUCCCACAGCUCGCUGGCUCUGCACAAGCUCACCCUGCUGGUGUACAACAUUUCCAGCAUCAGAAGUUUGCAGAGCGACGUGUUCAGGAGAAGAUUCUGUUACUGUGUCUCCAACGACACCAACGACCUCACAGAUUUCACUGCCGUGCUCUUGGAUGUGAUCGGAAACUCGACCAGUUACCUGCACGAGCUUUUCAAGUCUGCCUCCAUUUUGUCGGUGAGUCACAGGAACAACUCGAGCUGCAUCUACAUCUGUGUGAUGGCCGGGAAGACGGUGUCUUGUCCAGGACCUGAGGCUCCAGAGCUCUGGGACGUCGGCUCCAUCUCGCCGCUCUUCAACCAGACGAUCAUUGAAGGACGACUCGGAGUAGGUAACGUCUCGUCCUUCAGGUUUCCUGUGGAUUGGAACCAGCUGCCCACGAACCAGAGUCACAUGUCUCCGUCGGGGGGGAGCUCUGUGAUGACCAGCCGAGUCCACGCCACUGACCACGGUGAGUCUCCUGUCCCUGACCAUGACACGGCUGUGACCACAGCUAAGAUGGCCGCCGCGCCGCAACUGACCAGCGUCGUGCAGCAGAGUCAAACUACAGCAGACGCACCUGAGAGGACGACAGUGAAACCAACGCACACAACGAUGAAACCAACGCAAACAACGAUGAAACCAACAGUGAACACAGAGCAGGCGACAACUGCUCCACAACCAACAACAAGGUCAACGACGACAACUGCUGCAAGUACAACACAACUCACCACAGUGUCGUCCGAGCACGUUAGCUCCUCCCCGGUUGUGAGUCUGACCAGGAUGACCUCAUCAUCACACCUGAGAAUCACAACCCGCCCGGCCCUGGACCCCCUCAACCCGGCCCUGGACCCCCUCAACCCGGCCCUGGACCCCCUCAACCCGGCCCUGGACCCCCUCAGCCCGGCCCUGGAGCCCCUGGACCCCCUCAGCCCGGCCCUGGACCCCCUCAACCCGGCCCUGGACCCCCUCAGCCGGGCCCUGGACCCCCUGGACCCCCUCAGCCCGGCCCUGGACCCCCUCAACCCAGACCUGGACCCCCUCAGCUCAGCCCUGGACCCCCUCAGUCCGGCCCUGGACCCCCUCAACCCGGCCCUGGACCCCCUCAACCCGGCCCUGGACCCCCUCAGCCCGGCCCUGGACCCCCUCAGCUCCUGCUCGUCCUCUGAGCUGGAGAGCGACGACACCCAGCAGGCAACCAGAGAGACCAGAGGCUGUCCCUGGAGGAGGCCGGAGCAGGGCGGGGGGGCGACCUCCAGCAGCACCACCACGGUCGACGCCCACAAGCUGCAGCCCUGCGUCCUGGAGCUCUGCAAGUUCUUCUCCCAGUGUCUCUGCCGACCCGUCGGCCGCGGGACUCGAGCGUCCAGGUUCUGUGACGACAGCUUCCUCUGGUACGAGACUCACACGUCUGAGGUGUGUCGGCGCGUCAGGAGAAUCUCCUUCUCCAGAAAUCUGAAACAGAGAUGCUUGACAAAGAUGUGCAGUAAGCUGUGA